UGGUAAUGUAUACUGGUUCAUGCCAAUGUACAUGGUGUGGAAUAUGCUUGUGUAGGUUAGAUUAGCAUGAAUUUUUUUUAAAACAAUGUUUAUUCAAAAGAAAUGGAGGCAAAGUGCUAAAAGCAUUAGAAUAAUGAAUAACACAGCUUUUAAAAUGGAUCUCUUUUCAAAUUUAUGUUUAUGCAUGUUUUUUUCACAAGGUAUGCAAGGAAUGUGGAAGUGUUCAUUCUUACAUUUUGAAGUUUAAAAUCCUUCAUCCUUUAAAGGUAUGUUCCUUUGAAAUAUAUUGUUGGAGAAGAAAGACCAGUGCCAUUUAGAGACAUUUUAUUCAUUGAAAGAACAAAGUUGAAUUAUUUUUUGAAAAUGUGGGAAACUCAUUUUCUUCUGUACAGUAGCAUGUGUGUAGCUGUAAAUAUCUCCUUGAUCAGGUCUACAUUGAUUCUUAAGGAGGGAAAAUCAAUAAAUGAUAUUAACUAGACAGCUAUUGUGUUUGGCAAAAAUAAGGCCCCUGGGAUUAUUAACUUCAUUGUCAUUGAUUCUGUCUUCUAAGUAAAAAUUGUUACUGAGAUAUGUGGUUGGUUUUUUAAGUCAAACACCUUGUAUUGGUCAUAUUUCCACAAACCUUUUGUGCUUGAUUGCAAAAUUGAAUUCAUUCACCAUUGGAAAUAAUGAUUCUAGAUAUAUUUAAUGGCAUAGGGGUUAAUUACUUGUUUCAAAAUAAGGUUAGUCUUGUCAUUGAUUGCUACUAUAUGACUUAGAUAUGAAUAAAUGAUGUAAAUUCCAGUUGUUGUGACAAAAACAUCAGAAUUUGAAAGCUAACACACAGUUUAUAAUGGCAAUGGAUGAUGGAACAGUUACAUUUGGCAUUAACUAAGAAGAAAUACAAGAUUAUUGACGAAUGAACAAGGUCAUCAUCAUUCAAGACCCUUUGACUAUUUUGUGCAAUACGAAUUAUGAAAAGAGCCGUCCUUGUCAUGCCCAAAAUGGUGGUCUGCAGGGAAUGUGGGUGCAACUGUGCCAGCUGUUCUAACAUUAACAGUCUUGACCUGCACCAUGAGAUAGAAGAACUGAAGAGCAAACUACUGCAGAGUAAUGGUAAAAUAACCCAGAUGAAUGUAGACCAUGAAGAAUCCAAGCGCCUGGGUGAGAUGGAGGUUUGCAGGCUGCAAGAUGAGCUGAUGAAACUGAGAGAAAGAUACGACAGGUUGCUUGAAGGUCACAAGAAAAUGCAGAAAGUAAAUCAAGGAUUGGAGGAUAAAUUGCUAAAAUUAGUAAAUCGAUUUGAAGUGGAUAAAACAGCAUUACAAAAAGACGUUGCUACCAUGACCACAAAAUUAGUAGAUGCAAGGAUCACGAUAACUGACCUUGAAGAGGAAUGUGAAAGAUACAGAUCUGACUGUAAUACUGCUGUGCAGCUACUCCAGUGCAAACCAUCCAAUUUUGUUGCCCACAGGCUGAACGCACUUCCUAUUGACCUACAAGAGAGAGUGAAAUCUCAGUUAACGAGGGAACAGAUAAUCAAUAUGGAGGACCCCCCUGUUGGUCAGGUAGAGACCAAGGUGAUACGGGUUCCAAUGCCCACUUUCCCACCUACUGCCAUGGUGUAUUCAGUGAACAAACCAACAGAUGAUAUAGAGAAGGCCAAUCAGGAAAAUAGACAGGAAUCUGUCCCCAUGACUUUAAUAGCCAAGGUGCUGACACAGCCAGAUCCUCAGAGAAAGCCCCGGAAAAUGUACAUAUGUGAUAAGUGUAAGGUGGACGUGGUAUUUAUGGACAAGGAUGUGCAGACUUCCACCAGUUAUGAGGCAGACAUAGAAAGGGUCAGAGGUUUGGGGGUGCAUAAAAGUUCAAGGACUAGUAUCUCAUCCAUGCUGAGUGAAAAUGGGAGUUGUUGAUUGAAGUCUGCCAAUGUGACUGACAGUCACAAUUUAUGUUGAGAGUGCCAUGCAGGUUACACAUUUUCAACAGGGUGAAAAUGUGUUGUUGUUUUCUCAUUGAUGAGUUUCAGAAUGUUGUGAGACAGUUGAAUAUAUUAUAUAAUUUGUUUAUUCUAAAACUGGACUGACUGGGUUAUGACGAGACCAAGUUGCAACAGCAUUCUGUAAUUUUUUGCAUGUUACACCAGUGACUAGUUGAAGCUCUUGGUCAUCUUAGUUUGAACUUUGUAAGUCCAGUAAUAGAAUCAAAAGAAAUUCAUAUAUUUGACAACAUGACAGCUCUGAUUUCACAAGAGUCCGGUUGUUGUAAAAGCUCAGCUAAAUUCGGUCAACAGGUGCAGCAUUGUGUUUGUUCUUAGAAUAAUCACAAAAGGCAAUGUGGGCUUAUUGUGACAAAUUUUAUCCAGGAGAUGAGCUCAUAAUUGAGAGAUGUGAAAUAUAAUAAUGGAUCGGUCACAGGUUCAAUUGAGGGUGCUAUAGAAGUUGCAAACUUUCAUACAAGAUGAACAUGUAUUCAAAUAUGAAAAAAAAAAUUACCUACAAAGUUUUGAUUUCGAAAUGGCCUAAUAGUACACGUAGGAUUUCUGACUAUGUGAAUAAAAUUGUAAUUUUAUGUUUUCAAAUCUCCACAAUUGGCAACUUGUGUAUCCUAUUGUAAUUAUGCCUUAGAUUUAUGCCUUUAAGCAAUCAAUCUUUUCUCCCAUGCUUAAAGGUAAUUUUAAGAAUUCCUUUUUGAGCAGUUAUUUCUGGUACAUAAUAGUGCAAAUCUAUAUCUAUUUAAAUUAUAAAUUUAAAUGUAAUGAAGAUAUUGUGCAAUUUGUGAACAGAAUAUGUAUUUACUUUUUCAAAGUUGUGUAUAUUUUCUGUAAGUUCAUGUACAGGAUAAAUACCAAAUGCUUGGUAGCCAACAACAGCAUUUCAUAUAUCUUCUUCAAGCAUUGCAGGACAUAUCUUAAGUAGUUUAAUCACAAUCAUUAAAAUGGUAAGAAUACUAAUUUUAGAAUAUUUCAAGUGGUUUAAAAUCUAAUGGAAUGAUAAUUCCUAGUCUAUUUAGUUUGGAAGAAAUAAAAGGUAUUUGAAUAAUA